GGAGCAGUGACACGGAUUGAAUGGGAAAGUCUUCAUUGCCAGCAGAGCAAACACCUUCUGGGGGGUUUGUGCCAGCUCUGCCGCUCAGUCUUCCCCAGUCUCCGCUUCCUGGCCAGACUGGGCUCCGUCAUGUUUUUUCUUCAGUCCCAUCUGUCCUAUUUUUUUCCUUCUUUUCCACGGUUUCUCUGCUAUUGAUGAUCGGGUGGCUCUGCCAUCGCAGCUCGCGCUGUCUGGAAGCAGCUGGUGCUGGCGGUGACCCCAGGGUUGAAUGCUGCCGGUCAGACCCUUCUCGGAAUUGCUGGGGCACGAGACAGGAAUUUUUGGAUGCAGCGCCGAGGGUUACACCCCAUCUCCUCCCCAGACUGCUGCUUUCCCAUUCCAGGAGCCAAGCUUGUUCAUCCCUGGGACUGGGGGCAGCUUCCUUCGGCUGGCCCGGAGGGUGUGAGGGAAGCUCUGGGUACGUGGUUGCUCUGCAGUGCCACCCCUCUUCAUUUUUUUUUUUUUUUUUCACAGCAGAAGCAGGCAGCAGUGGGCAAAACUCUGCAGGGAAUGUAGAAAUUUGGAGGAAAAGGGUCUGAGCAUCAGGGCAGGGGGUGGCGAGUGAGAAACCACGUGUGUAGUGUCAGGGUUAGAAAUCGCUGCUCCGCUGGGCACGCCGGAGGAGACGGGAAAAGACGCAGAGAAAAUCAGUUGCCGCCGCGUUUUCCAAAAUCCCGAGCGAGCGUUCCUGCUCGCCGUCGCUUCCAAGAAACGGAGAGAACCGAGGAGGAAAAUUGCUGUGAUUCAUCGCGGGCAGAUCGGAGGCAGGAAAUGGGAGUUUGCUGCCUGCCCCGUGCCCGCCGUGGGCUCCGUGGGCUCGGGCUCGCCGGGGCCUGGCUGCCGGCGAGGGCCUGAUACCCACGGGUCGAGCAUCCCCGCGCCACGGCCGGAGCUGCCGGAGAAGCCGCCGGCGAAGGAAAAACCAUCGGCGGGGGCCGAGAGCCGGAGCAGCGGGAAUUUUUCACCUGCGCUUCUCUGGAGCCAUCCAAGCGGGAGCUGCCCGGACAGAGACCGGGGGCCGGACCCAGGCUCCCCGUGCUUCCUCCAGCACCAUCACCCUGGAGGGCUCCGGAUAACUCAGAUGUGGCAUUGGGGUUCUUAACCCCAUCCUGAUCCAGCCUUCACACCCAAACUUGCUGCCAUGAAGAAGAAGCCGGGCAAUGGGCGGGGGCCAGACCCUGCAGCCCCCCAGCAGCGAGCCCGGUCUGUCACCAAGCCAGCAGAGUACGUGGGAUCCUUCAUGGUGGAGGAGCUGGACCUGCAGCAGCGAGCAGGGCAGCUGGAGGAGCAGCUGCGGGCACUGAAGGACUGUCCCAGGAGGAGGUCGGUGCUGCUGAGGUUCAGCUUGCAGGGGCUGAAGGUCCUUGGUGCUGAUGGGGAGACGCUGCUGAUGGCACACGCGCUGCGCCGGAUCCUGUACAGCACCUGCAGCCUCCCCGACCGCCAGUUCGCCUUCGUGGCCCGCAACCCCCAGAGCCCCCCCAGCAGCCUCUUCUGCCACCUCUUCGUGGGGCUCCCGGGAGAGGUCCAGACCCUGCACCUCCUGCUCUGCCGCUCCUUCCAGCUCUCUUACCUCCUGGCACACCCCGAGGAGCAGGCGGGGGAGGGGGAUCUCCCGGGGCCGGGGGUGCUGCGGGAGCCCCUCAACCCCGAGGAGGUGUCACAAAACGUCAACGCCCUCGUGUCCUUCCGGCGCCUGCCCGCGACCAGCGUCCUCGGCCCGCUGGGCACUGGGUGUUUUGCACGGCUUUUUUUUUUGGUGUCGCGCCCUUUGGAAGGCAUUUUUCUGUGUGAUAUUUCGCCUGACAUUCCCCACGGCCAGAGCCCCCGGGCCACACUCACAGCCAGUCCAUCCUCAGGACCGGCGGCCGGAGGCAGAGGGCAGAGCCUGGCGCCCGGGGAAUCCCUACUGCUCGCCGGUGCUGGUGCGCAAGAAGGCCAUUCGGAGCAAAGUGCUGCGCUCGGGAGCCUACCGGGACUGCGGGGCCGAGGGACAGCUCCACCAGCAGCCCCGCGACGCCGCGGCCGCGGGAGGGGAAAGCAAAGGGGCGAGGAGCUUGGCCUUCCUUCCCGAAAACGAGGGCGUCCUCGCCGAGAGCGUGUGGGCCUUCGCCGGCAUCGCCAGGGCCGCCGGGGUCGCGCUGCUGCGGCGGGACGUACCCGGCGCCUUCCUGCUGCGCCCCGAGCCCGGGCUGCCCAAGCGCUGGUGCCUGUGGGUGCGGGCGCCCUGCGGCGUCGUGUCCUACAGCCUGGCCAGGACACACCAGGGCCGGUUCUGCGUGGAGCACUCCAACGCCGAGUUCGCCAGCGUGGCCGCCCUCCUGGCCCACUACUCCGGGCCGCCGGGGGGCUGCUUCUGCCGCCUGGCCCCCGGCCGCUGCAACCCCGGCUACGAGGACCGGGACCCCGGCGGCGGGGCCAGCGCCGGGGCGGGGGAGGCCGCCUGGGCCCCCGCCGCCCCCAUCGGGGUGCAGCACGAGCGAGGGUAGGCCCGGGACCCUCCCAGUGCACGGCUGUCCCCCCACACCCCCAGCUUUAACUCGCUGCCGCCUGCCUUACCCCCCAGCCCAGGCUGUCCGGCACCUCCUGCAAUAAAGGCUCUCGUGCAUCCGGAGCGCGGCUCUGCUGGCUGCUCACACUCACCCACGGCGUGACCCGCCGCACACCUGUGGGCUCACACACGUGUGCACACACUCUCCG